AUGCCUCAGAGACCCUCCCUAAUCAUCCACGGCGGCGCUGGCUCGAUCUCGCACUCCUCCCUCCCACCUUCCUCCCCACUCUACAUUGCCUACAGAGCCUCCAUUCGUGAGGCUAUCCACGCCACAUACCCGCUCCUCCUCGCUGGCCACUCGGCGCUAACCGCCGCGACGCAUGCUGUAACCCUCCUAGAAGACGACCCGCUCUUCAAUGCCGGUAAAGGCUCGGUGUUCACGCGCGACGGGAGGAACGAGCUCGAAGCUUCGGUUAUGGUUUCCCGGGGGUAUCGGAAGAGGGGGGUUGGUGUCGCCAUGCUGACUACGGUCAAGAACCCGAUUCUGCUGGCGAGGGAGUUGUUGGUUCGUGGAGAGGAGGACGGAGACGCGAGUGCGGGUGGUGGGCAGGGACAUAAUUUCCUUUCGGGAGCGGAGGCGGAGAAGUUGGCUAUGGAGUGGGGUUGUGAGGUCGUUAGCCCGGGGUACUUUUGGACGGAGAGGCGGUGGGAGGAGCAUCUACGUGGGUUGGAGAAAGAGAAGAGGUAUUCCGCCAGCGAUGGUGUCCCCGACGAGGACCUGGGAGGGGAAACGGCGGAAUACCUAUCCCAAGGCACCGUCGGCUGCGUCGCGAUGGACAUUCACGGAACCCUCUGCGUGGCUACGAGCACGGGCGGCCUUACCAACAAGCUCCCCGGCAGAAUCGGCGACACACCGACUCUCGCCGCGGGGUUCUGGGCAGAGGAAUGGCGAGUUCCUGCACCGUCACCCAGUACCCCCUCGCCGUCGAUUUCAACCUCUCUCUGGGAUUUAUUAAGCGCCUGCAUGCCCACCGCUGCUCCCACACCCGUAAGCGAAAAGCAACCGUUACUGGAAGGAAACGUCGAUCAUCCCACACAACCGUGCACCCGCGCGGUCGCGCUCUCGGGCACCGGAAACGGGGACUACUUUCUUCGCCUUGCGGUAGCACAUAACAUCGCCGCUCGCUGUCGCUUCGGCGGCCUCAGUUUGAAGGAGGCGGCAGAAGCAGUUGCCGGCCGGGGCGGGGAAAUGCAGAGGGCCGCAGGGGAGCGGUGGGGAUUGGGGGAUGGGUCCGGAGGCGUGAUCGGGUUGGACGAAAAGGGGAAUGUGGUCAUGGCCAUGAAUUGCGGGGGGAUGUUUAGGGGUUACAUUGAUAAAGAGGGAAAGGCUAGGGUUGGGGUUUACUGGGACGAGGAGGAGACU